CAGUCUCGAAGAAGAAGCCGAGUAACGAAGAAGAAAGGCAGGCGGACGUCUCUGAGUCUGCUCCGCUGUUUCGUGUGAAUGAACAGCUGGCGAGUGGGUGUACAAAAUGAUGUCGUUUCUACCUAAGUUACUUUUGGUGAUGCUGUUGGCGUUCCCGGCGCACGUCGUCUUCAGAGGACCGCUGGUCCGCGCCGAGGACCUGACGGAGGACGAGGAGGCCACGGAGGCGGAGGAAGACGCGGUGGACGAGGCGCCGCCCGACGACGAGGACGACGAAGCCGAAGUGGAAGACGACGAGAACGCCGAACUGACGGAAGAAAGGGAGGACGAGGAAGAGGAGGGGCUGUCGGCGGGCGAGAUGCAGGCCUCGCCCAAUGCGGACACCGCCAUUUUGUUCGUCAAAGGCGAAGACUUUCCCGCCAACGACGUGGUCAAGUUCCUGCUGGGCUUCACCAAUAAAGGUUCUGAGGACUUUGUGGUGGACUCCCUGGACGCGUCCUUCCGAUAUCCGCAGGACUAUCAGUACUAUAUCCAGAACUUCACGGCGCUGCAGCUGGGCACGGCGGUGCCGCCCGGUCGCCAGGCCACCUUCGAGUACUCCUUCAUCCCGGCGGAGCCCAUGGGCGGGCGCCCUUUCGGUUUGGUGGUGAACCUCAACUACAAGGACGCCAACGGGAACAUCUUCCAGGACGCCGUUUUCAACCAGACGGUCACCGUCACCGAGAAGGAGGACGGACUCGACGGAGAGACCAUCUUCAUGUACGUGUUCCUGUCCGGACUGGGCCUGCUGGUCAUCGUUGGCCUUCACCAGCUGCUGGAGUCUCGAAAGAGGCGGCGUCCGGCCGCCAAAGUGGAAAUGGGAACGUCCGGGCACAACGACGUGGAUCUCAGCUGGAUCCCGCAAGAAACGCUCAACCAGAUCAUGCAGAGUCGCAGAGACAAAGCGUCUCCCAAAAGGUCCCCGCGCAAACGGAACAGGAAGCGCUCGGCCGGUUCCGACGAGUGACUGCGCCCGCCGACUGCCAGUGCCGAUACGCCAUUUUUUUUGUUUUUUGUUUUUUCUUCCCAUCCCCGCAAAAGAACUUUUUAAGAUGCUGAACUCUUCUUCCACGUGACACACGUGUCGUACGGAACGCUUGAGAUGACACUGAUCAUUUAGAUUUUCACGACUAAUGUCAACUGCUGAUAGAGACGAGGGUCCGGCGCCGUCGUCGGGAAGUCCUUUGCCGACCGUGGCGGCCUACGAGUUGGAGGGAAAAAAAGCACUGGUUUCUUUUGUCUUUGUUUGGCGCACUGAUGAUGUCGCUUUUGUUUACCGGUUAAAAUGUCUGCAAAUUGCUCAGAAGGAGGAAGGGACGAUUAUAGCGCGGGUUGGAAUUGUCUUAUUACGUUUGUUUUACCACUUGGGGGCGACACGUGAACGGUUUGGGUCAGUGCGCAAUUGAACUUUGACCUUGAGUCAAGGGUGAACGUUCAGUGGAUUUUACUUUGCUUUUUAUUGUUUGCAAAUAAACUUUUAUUUGCACUUGU